CGUUUGACUUAUCAGGCUGGUUAAGACAAACAUUCUAACCACCACUUGUACAAAAUUAUAUGCUGACUGUGUGUGUGUGUGUGUGUCCAGUAUGUGUGUGUGUGUGUGUGUGAGUUCAUGUGUUCUUCACGCACACACUGGAAACACACACGAGACACACACACACACACAGACAACCAUUCUUAGUUAUUUGCUGACCGUGUGUGUGUGUGUGUGUGUCUCCAGUGUGUGUGUGAAGAAGCGUGUGUAAGCAGAAGAACACAUGAACUCACACACACACACACACACACACACUUGCUUGAAGUUAUAUGCUGUGUGUGUGUGUGUGUGUGUGUGUGUGUGUGUGUGUGUGUGUGUGUGUGUGUGUGUGUGUGUGUGUGUGUGUGUGUGUGUGUGUGUGUGUGUGUGUGUGUGUGUGUGUGUGUGUGUGUGUGUGUGUGUGUGUGUGUGUGUGUGUGUGUGUGUAGCAUUUCAAUGUGUGUGUGUGUACGCGCUAGUAGCAUUUCAAUCAGUUACGUCACUUGCUCUGAGACUUAAGUAGUGUUGCCCCUUGCUUUGCAAGGGCCGCGGCUUUUGUGGAGCGAUGGGUAACGACCGUGCUUCGUGGGCAACCGUUGUUGAUGUGUGCAGAGGGUCCCUGGUUCGCGCCCGGGUCGGGGCGAGGGGACGGUUUAAAGUUACUACUGUUACGUGUGUGUGUGUGUGUGUGUGUGCGGUUGUGUGUGAGGUUGUGUGUGUGGUUGUGUGUGUGGCUGUGUGUGUGUGUGGUUGUGUGUGUGUGUGUGUGUGUGUGUGUGUGUGUGUGUGUGUGUGUGUGUGUGUGUGUGUGUGUGUGUGUGUGUGUGUGUGUGUGUGUGUGUGUGUGUGUGUGUGUGUGUGUGUGUGUGUGUGUGUGAGUUCAGGUGUAUCACUCAAUGACUGUCUGUUCUUCUGCUUACCGCUACAGUGUGGAACAUGGUGGAGAGAACAGAAUGAAACCUGGGCUUAGAAAAUAUGUCUGUGAUCUCACACUGGACCUAAACACAGUAGACAGACACCUCUCUCUGUCUGAGGAGAACAGAAAGGUGACAUGUAGGACAGAGGAGCAGCCGUAUCCUGAUCACCCAGAGAGAUUUGAGGACUGGGGACAGGUGCUGUGUAGAGAAGGUCUGACUGGACGCUGUUACUGGGAGGUAGAGUGUAGUGGGAGAGGGGUUGAUAUAGGAGUGACAUAUAAAGGAAUCAGCAGGAGUGGAUGGGUUAAUGACUGUAGGCUUGGACACAAUGACAAGUCCUGGAGUCUGGCCUGCUCUGACAACAGUUACACUGCCUGUCACAAUAAUAUCUCCACUACCAUAGACGUCCGCCCCUCCAGCCCCCACAGAGUAGGAGUCUAUCUGGACUGGCCAGCCGGCACUCUGUCCUUCUAUAGAGCCUCCUCUGACACACUGACCCACCUGUUCACAUUCACCUCCACAUUCACUGAGCCCCUCUAUCCAGGGUUUAGGGUUCAUUAUGUCUGCGACUCAGUGUCCCUGAAAUAAUAACCUGACACACACACACACACACACACACACACACACACACACACACACACACACACACACACACACACACACACACACACACUGGACACACACUCACACUGGACACACACACACACACUGGACACACACACACACUUGACACACACUGGACAGACACACACACACACACACACUGGACAAACACACACACCCACACACACACUGGACACACAGGACACACACACAUCCACACACACACUGGACACACAGGACACACACACACACUGGACAAACACACACACACAGUGGACACACGGGACACACACACACACAGGACACACACACACACACUGGACACACAAACACACACACACACACACAGUGGACACACGGGACACACACACACACACACACACACAGGACACACACACACACACAGGACACACACACACACAGGCGUGUCUUCCUAUAAUAUAAUAUAUAAUUCCAAUGUGAUCAUUUGUUGUCUUUUAUGUUGAAUAACAAAUUGUAUAAUUAUAUAUGGACAUACGCUCCAUAGUUGUACAAGUAUACAAGGAUAUAUUGUACUUUUCAUAAUAAAACAUUCUUGAAACAAGAAAAGCA